AGAGAAGGUGAGUGAAAUGAUCAUUUUUACUUUUAAUGAAUAAUCAUCACCACAGAAUCUCACAGAAGACUAGCCGGCAUUACUACGAAAUAGGUGGCUGGAUUCCUUAACUAGCUACAAAUUGCACAAGCACUCGCAUAUUGUUACUCGCGUAAGUUGCACAAACCCAUUACACUUAUCCACCAUUCUUUGAAAUCAUAGUCUCCUUUAGUUGUGAUUGUUAAUUAUUCUGGGGUUGCAGGAAUUUGAUAUUUUUAAAUCACCUUCUUUAGCUGAUCCUCAGAAAGAUAAAAAAUGUUCUCAUUUACUUCUCUCCAAUCCUCCAAAUUUAGAUUACCUCCUUUUUCAAAUCCGAGUUCAAUCCCUCACUCCCUUCGUCGAUCCUCAAUUCUCUCCUGCAAUCACCAAAAACAGACUUUUAAGUACCGAAGUCUCUGCGUUAGAGCUUUAGAUGCAGCUCAGCCAUAUGAUUUUGAAGCUAUAAACAAUGAUCGUUUUGAAAAGAGCAAAAAAGUAAAGAUUGCUAUUGUGGGUUUUGGUAACUUCGGUCAAUUUCUUGCAAAAACCCUAGUUCGUCAAGGACACAAGGUUUUAGCGCAUUCUCGAUCAGAAUACUCUGAUAUAGCUCGAAAAUUAGGGGUUCAGUUUUUCACUGACGCUGAUGAUUUAUGUGAAGAACAUCCUGAGGUAGUACUUAUUUGUAGUUCUAUACUAUCUACUAAAUCAGUUCUUGAAUCAUUACCAUUACAAAGACUAAAAAGAAGUACUUUAUUUGUUGAUGUUCUUUCUGUCAAAGAGAUUCCAAGAAAGCUUUUUCUUCAUAUUUUACCACCAGAAUUUGAUGUUUUAUGUACUCAUCCAAUGUUUGGACCAGAAAGUGGUAAAGAUAGCUGGGAAAGUCUUCCUUUUGUUUAUGAUAAAGUUAGGAUUGGGGAUGAUGAAUCUAGGAUUAGUCGCUGCGAAAAAUUUCUGAAUAUUUUUGCUCAGGAAGGUUGUAGGAUGGUGGAAAUGUCUUGUGCUGAUCACGAUAGAGAAGCUGCUGAAUCACAGUUUAUAACACAUACAAUGGGAAGAAUUCUAGAGAAAUUUGGGUUAGAGUCGACGUCGAUAAAUACAAAAGGAUAUGAAACUUUGUUGAAUCUGGUGGAGAACACAUCUGGGGAUAGUUUUGAACUUUACUACGGCUUGUUUUUGUACAAUAAAAAUGCAAUGGAACAGUUAGAGAGGUUAGAUAUGGCAUUCGAAUCACUGAAGAAGCAACUUUUUGGGCACUUACAUGAAAUUCUCAGGAAACAGCUUUUUGAGAAUGCCGAGGGUUUCGAAGAAUCUAAAAAUAUAAAACCAGUGUUCCCUAAACUGCUUCAAAAUGGCGGAGAUGCAGUUGAACCACCUUCAGAGAAUAUAGGAUGAGGUCUCAGUGGAAUCCAUUUCAUCGCAUUGACUAUGAGUACAAUGAGUUAUACUACAUAAUGGUGCUUUUUUUUUUUUUUUUUUUUUUUUUUUUUUGUAUCGAUGAAUGGUUUUGAAUAAAUGUUUCCUGUCUUUUUUCAUCAAACUUCUCCUCUCCUUA